GCUCCCCGAAGCUGUCGUCCUCGAGGAUGCGGAUGCCGCCAUGGCCGGCUUCGUGGGCCUCCUCCGCCAGCUCGGAGACCUCGCACAGCUCGCCGCGGAGGUGUUCGACGGCCUGCGCGAGCAGGCCACGGCGGUGUCCGCACAGGCACGCGGCCUCACGCUGCGUGCGCGGCUGCUCGAGUCGCAGCUGCCGGUCGUCGAGGAACGUCUCCGGCGUCGUGAGAACGAACCGCCCUGCUUCCUGCAGCAGGACGCCGCCGUUGCCCGCAGCAAUUCAGUCUUCUCGUCAGGCAUUCGGUCAGAAUGUUUGUGUCACCUCACAGGCCACGGCGUGGGUCGGCGCCACACAAGCGCCGGGCCGGCGAACAACGGCAUGAUUUUGUCUGGAGGAGGAACGAGGCCUCGUUCAAUCGCGGAGCGCAUCCGGCGGUGCCGCGGGCCUCCGCGGCUGUCCAUGCUUGACAAGUAUGACGCCGGUGGCGAGGGAGCGUGCCUGAGGCGAUACACCGACCCGUCAUUCUUCAGAGCCCAGUUCGCCAAGCAUGAGCUUCUCUUGCAGGAAACCAAGCCAGAGCUUCAGAGUUCAGGCAAAUGCUCCAAGUAAAC